UCGUUUGGGAACUCGAAGUUUGUCAGUUGUUGAUGAGAAGAGCUGUCCGAGGGAGCCAUCUGGAGACCCUUGAGAUAUCAUUCCUCGCUUCCAAUUGAAGUUGAAUUGAAGUUGAACACCGAUUUUAGUGUGAGUGUUGGUGGCAAUGACAUUUCAGUGACAAAACUACCCGUACAAGAUCCUGUGUUCGGGCCAUGAAGAAGAAAAAAGUGCCCUUGAACAUGUGGUUGAUUUUCGUCUUCGGGACGGUUUUAGCCUCAAGUGCGGUCUCGGCUCAACAGUUUUUUUACGGAGCGGAUCCCCCUAGUGCGAGUGGUGCCGGUUCAAGUAGCAGUAGUAGUCACAGUGGUCCACACACGAGGGAUCCCGUGGGCACCACAGACAAUGUUUACCGUCAAGCUGGGGAGAAUGUGACUCUCCUCUGUCAAGGAUUAACCGAGGACUCCCUGGUCCGGUCGGUGAAGUGGCUCUGUCAGGGUUGCUACUCGAACUCACCCUCCCACGAGACGAUCGUGGCCGAGUUCAAGGAGGGGCAGAACCCCGACGAGGAUCUCGAAGACCCCGCCCAAAUGAGCCAUGAGUCAUCAUUGGAGCUCUCGAGCAAAUCCUCGGCUCCACCGAGAGUGACACUCACCCCAUCUGUGUUCAGUAUCGAGAUUUCGCCCUUGGCCGCCGAGGAUUCGGGCGAAUACAUUUGCUUGGUCAACAAUCGCAAAAGGCCCAAUGUGGCCGUUCGACUCUUUGUUCAAGAAGACAAUUCCGGAAAAAUUGACGUGCCUGCCCCGCCGGGGGUUCCUUUGGUGAUGGGAUUCACAUCCAGGUCCGUGAAUUUGUCUUGGACGCCUCCGUUCAACACGCAUAACUCGCCGAUCUCGCAUUACUUGAUCCACGUGCGCGUGGGUGAGAAUGGAAUCUGGGACGAGAAGAACACGUUGGAAACACAAAGCAAUGCCACGGUGUUCCAAGUGGACGACCUUCAACCUUUCACUACCUACAGCUUCCGUAUCACGGCUCUGAAUGGCUUGGGACGUUCCCAUCCCAGCAAGGAGUCCUACUACAUGAUCACCCUACGGGAAGUGCCAAGUGGAAAGCCCACCAUAACAGCCGCUCACAACACGAGCUCCUCAUCGAUCCAGUUGUCUUGGCGACCCCCGCAUCCAAGCACCCUCCAUGGCGAGUUCUUGGGCUAUCGGAUCGCCUAUAAGCCUCGUCAUAUGGGCCCUGAGGCCGUGAAUGAGAUGCUGAUCAAGGACCCGAAUGUGGACAAAUUCACGAUCACACGCCUUCGAACCUUCACCCAAUACCUGAUCUCGGUUCAAGUCUACAACCCCGAAGGCCUGGGCCCAAGCACCACCGUGGUGGUAAUGACGGACGAAGGAGUGCCAAGCCAACCGAUGAACGUGUCCUUCCGAGGAGUGACCAAUGCGUCUGUGUUGGUACGUUGGCAUCAGCCCAAGUUCCCUAACGGCAUCAUCCAAGGCUACCGCCUCUAUUACAUGCACAAGAACUAUACUGAUGUGCAGACCAUUAGGGAUCCCGAGGAAGAGAUGGAACACAACCUGGCCGGAUUAGAGCCAUUUACCAAGUAUAAAUUGUGGCUGAAAGCGUUCACCUGGAAGAAUGAAGGUGAGCCAUCCGAGCCUUUCGAGAUGCUAACCGACGUGGACGGGCCGAGUGCGCCGCUCAUCUCCAAUUUGACGUGCAAGGACGAGCAAUCCAUUUAUUUGGAGUGGGAAAGGCCGGAACGGGUUUACAAAGGCAUCGACUUCUAUUUCAUCUACUACCGAAGUGAGGACGAGUGGCAAUUUGAGGAAAUUAUUGUGGAACGAAAUGCCAGCCAGCCAAACGGCGGUGCCGACGAGGGCGAGCAUGGCCUCUCCGAGGAUGGAUCCAAGAUCCUGUUAAGUAACCUCACCACCAAUGCCAUGCACGAGUUGAAAGUGAGAGCUGCCACUCGGAGCAUCUACAAUGAAACCACUUUAUACCGAGGCGACUUCUCUGAGCCUCAAAAGAUAUUGCUCAAGUUGAAUUGUGACCAAGUCAAGGCCUCGACCGUGGUCCGAACGGCCACCAUUGGCCUGGAACUAAGUGCUGGGAUCAUUGCCGGAGGAACUUGUGUCCUCUUCGCACUUUUGCUCGCAUUGGUGGCCAUUGCAUUGUGGAGGCGCUAUUUCAACGAGUCCUACUAUUACUUGGAUGAGUCCCCAGCCACUCCGGCUCCGAGUGUGGUCCCGGACUGGGACAUUGAGCAAUCUGUGACGACCUCCAUGGUGGGGGAGGGACCUCGCCUGGCCACCACCCGAACGGCCAUUCCGGCCCACUUGUUCAUUCAGCAUGUGGCCUCGCUCCAUGCCAACGGUGACAUUGGAUUCAGCAAGGAGUACGAGGCCAUUCAGUCCCUCUCGACCCAUGAAGAAAUUCCAGCUGACUCAUCAUAUCAAGCUGACAAUAAGCUCAAGAAUAGAUAUCAUAAUGUCGUAGCAUAUGAUCACUCCCGGGUUCAAUUGCGCCCACUCCCUGGUCAGAAGCGAGGUGAAUAUGUCAACGCCAAUUACAUUGAUGGCUUCCAAAAGGCGCACGCCUACAUCGGUACUCAAGGCCCAUUGCCUUCCACAUUCGAUUCCUUCUGGCGGAUGAUCUGGGAGCAAAAAGUUAAAGUGGUGGUCAUGAUCACUAAUCUGGUGGAACGGGGAAGGAGAAAAUGUGACUUGUAUUGGCCGACUGAAGGCCCAGCCACGUAUGGUUUGAUCGAGGUCUCAUUGGUGAGCGAAGAAGAGUUGGCCACGUACACAGUGCGCACCUUCAAAAUCCGUCAUAUCAAGAUCAAGGCGGUCAAGCAAAAGGCUUCUGAGCGCUACGUGCAUCAGUACCAUUAUACUAACUGGCCAGAUCAUGGGGUGCCCGAGAACCCGUUGCCCGUGUUAAGUUUUGUCAAAAAGUCGUCAGCCUCGUCGACUCGUGAGAGUGAUGGGCCCAUCGUCGUGCACUGCAGUGCUGGUGUGGGGCGAACCGGCGCCUACAUUCUCAUUGAUGCGAUGCUCAAGCAAAUGAGGGCGAAAGGCGAGCUGAAUCUCGUGGCGUAUCUCAAGCAUAUCCGAACCCAAAGAAACUACCUGGUCCAGACCGAGGAGCAAUUUAUGUUUGUCCACGACGCCUUGGCUGAGGCUGUCGCGUCCGGCGAGACCAACAUCAAUCGUUCCUACUUGUCGCGCUACAUCUCGAGUCUUCAGAGUAGCUUCACCACCGACGAGAACUCCAUCCCUUGGCAGCUCUUGGAUCGUCAGUUCAAACUGGCCACGGCCUAUCAGCCGCAAGAGGUCCAAUUCAUGGCGGCCUUAAAGACGUGUAAUCAAUGCAAAAACCAAAACUUUGAUUAUCUGCCCAUCGAGUCGGCUCGUGUGCCGCUAGCUCCGCGGGUCAGCCUGGACGGCUCGGAUUACAUCAAUGCAUCUUGGCUCCCAGGUUUCAAGCGCUUGAAGGAGUUCAUCAUCACCCAACACCCGACCGAUCAUACGGUGGAUGAUUUCUGGCAAAUGUUGUGGGACCACAAUGUUCGCUCAGUGGUGGUCCUGUCCGCCCUCCAGCAACCGGAAUUUGGCAUUUUUUGGCCCAGCCAACAAGUGGAUCUGGAUUUGGAUGCCAUUAGAGUGAAAUUAGUCGAUGAAUCCGAGUACCAUGGCUACCAAACCAAAGAAUUUAAUCUCAUUUCUCACCACGACGACUACGAAAUGUCCGUCAAGUUGGUGUUCUGUCCCAGUUGGCCUCACCAUUGUUCACCAUUGUCGACGGCCUCGGAUCUCAUCCGCGUGGCCAACACCCUUCACACGCAAGUUCAACAUUCCAGUGGUCCAUUGGCCAUCGUGGACCGUUUUGGCGGACCAGAGGCAGCCACCUUCUGUGCUUUGUCCACAUUACUCCGCCAAUUGGACUUUGAAAACCACGUGGACGUGUAUCAAUAUGCCAAAGUGGCUCACAAUCGCCGGCCAGGCAUCUGGAAGAGCCAAGACGAUUACCUCUUUCUGUAUCGCGUGAUCGAGUCCGUGUGUUCCAAUGGGCCUGUGAGUGCCUCCACAAGUAGCACUUCGACGAGUUCAUGCGGAGGAAGCACAAUUGCCGAGAGCAGCUCAUCCACUGAGGGCCUAAGCGUGGCCAAAAGACAUUGUGCUAAAUCCACUUUCUCGAGUGGUAGGCUUUCCACGAGUGGUGGUGGUGGGCCUCAUCCCAGCCGUCUCACAGCAGCUGUGGUCCCUCACAUUAAUGGGCAUUCUAAUAGCCGUGCUAAUGGAGGAACGUCGUCCUCGAUGUCCACCGUGUCCUCGUCCACAUCGUCUUUCUCCAUUCGAGUCCCACCAGAUGGGAUGGAGUCGGCCUCACACGAGGGACUGCAGAAAACAUAAAUGCUGCUUAAUCCCCUACUUCGCUCAUAAACUGUUUACAUACCAAAGAUUUUCCGUCUCAACAUGGACUUGGAUGAGCUACAUACCUACAACCCCUAAAAGAUCGACCGCAUAUAGGCCCUCAAGAAAUGAGGGAGCACGGCGACAGACAAAAUGAAGGAACUGCGGCACAGCCUAUGAAGGCCCUCGAAAUGGCGAUUUGUGUGACAUAAAAAAUGCUGUGAUAUGUGCACCCAACACUGGAUUGUCGUUGUUCUGUCUGUGUGGCUUGUAUUAUUCGUUACUUUUGUUACGCCAGAGAGAUCCCAAUAAAUACAUAGGUGUUUGGUCUACUA